AUUGCUUUACUUGGCUAGCUAGGAGUUUUAUUCAACAUCAAAUGACAGUCAUGGCUACUCUAAAAUUUCUUUCGGUUUUGGUUCUUGUUUUUCUUGUCUUAGACGUAAGUAAUGGUCAAGGUCUGAAACUGGGUUUCUACCAAAAGACAUGUCCAAAUGCUGAGUCUAUUAUUUACAAGACGACUGCUUCGUACGUUUCUUUUAAUCCUACACUCCCUGCCGCAUUAUUGAGAUUGCAUUUCCAUGAUUGUUUCGUCAGGGGUUGUGAUGGUUCAGUGUUAAUAAAUUCUACAAGCACAAAUCAAACUGAGAAAGCAGCGAUUCCUAAUUUAACUGCUAGAGGUUUCAACGUUAUUGAUGCUGCAAAGGCUGCAGUAGAAAAAGUGUGCCCUGGAGUUGUUUCAUGUGCGGACAUUCUAUCAUUGGUUGCAAGAGAUUCAGUAGCUGUGAUUAAAGGACCAUGGUGGAAUGUACCCACCGGACGAAGAGAUGGUAGAGUUUCGAUUAUGACAGAUGCUUUUACACUACCAGCACCAUUCUUCAAUUCUACUCAAUUGAUAGCAUCAUUUGCAUCAAAGGGGUUGAAUGCAAAAGACCUUGCAGUCUUAUCAGGUGCACACACAAUUGGUGUUGCCGCUUGCGCCUCAUUUGCAACAAGGUUGUACAACUUCACGGGCAAAGGAGAUUCAGACCCGACAUUGGACAGCGAGUAUGUACCACGACUAAAGAGCAAGUGCAAGCCAAACGAUUUAGUGCAUACAGCCGAGAUGGAUCCAGGAAGUUUCAAAACAUUUGACUCGAGUUACUAUAAGCUUGUAAGUAAAAGAAGGGGAUUAUUUGCAUCUGAUGCAACUCUUCUUGACGACCCAGUGACUAAGGCUUAUGUUAAGAGUCAAGCAAGAAACCAUGGAGCAACUUUCUUCAAGGAUUUUGCUGUGUCUAUGGAGAAAAUGAAUGCGAUUGAAGUUCUCACUGGUAAUGCUGGUGAAAUCAGAAAACAUUGCGCUCUUAUUAACUAAGAACAUCAUUGUUUUCGGGUGAUGUACUUCAUGGAUCUUUUUGAGUACCACUUGUAAUUGCUUUAAUUUCAAAUUUCUAAUGCAUCAUUUUGCUUUCUUUUAAUAUUCUAGUGUAUGUUGCUCAAUGUGCUAAGUUCACGGCUUAUGUCUA